CGCUGAAAGCACCAUGUCUUUUGUUUUGACAUACAUUUACAAGAUAUAACUUUAGAAUUAUGAAAAAAUACCUAUUUACUAGUGUGCCAUCUCUAGACGUUCCCGUUCCUGAAAUGUCAGUGAAUCGUUCCCCGCUUUGUGCUUUGCUUCUGUUUAUCAUAAAUCCUUCCAUUCCAUUUAUUUUCAGUGUUUUUAUUUGUGGUUUUCAAUCUGUGAAUGUUCUUUUGCAAAUUGUUUAGAAUGGCUGAUGAUGAAUUUUCGUCGAACUCGCAAAGCACUGCUCAAAAUGAAAAUGGAAAUGCAAACGCUGAACCAAAUGUUCCUUUUCGUCUUGAUUUGGGCGAUGAUCCUAUAAGAAAUGGAGACCACAUUAGGUUAGAAAAUCAAAAUUCUGUACCGUCAGUUUCCAGUACAAGCUCGAACUCAGUACCAAGUGAAGGUCACAGGCGAGAAGACAAUCCAUUUUCAUUCAAACAUUUCCUUCGAAGUGACUCCAACUCGGGGUACCAAAAUAAAGGGGCCCGCCCCAAAGUUUAUGGUGAACGGCGAUCCGCGUCCAGCGAUUUUGUCACCAACAGGCCCCCAGAACCCAAACAAUCUGUCAGAAUGGUUCCAGAAUUCUCAUCUGCUCUGCCAGACUUCGUACAAGACCACUUGGUCAUUGAGCAGUGCUACUUGGGGAACAAUCCUACAAAUAAUUAUGAUUUGGAUGUGGACAACUUGCCAGAUUUUACUCCUGAUAGAAGCAGUAGUAGGAAAUGCAAUAGUGUAGAUGCAGAUAACUUGCCAGAUUUCACACCAAGCAGAGAAACUAGGAAUUCCAAUGGUUCUAGAAAUGCCAAUGGUAGUAAUUCAAAUGAUCAAGUACCAUUGGAUUUGCCAAUAAGACCUCCAGAUUCGUUUCCUCUAGAUCUUCCACUCACUGGGUCGUCUAGCUCAAGAAAUUCCACUAGUGAGGUUGGAAACUCCAAAAGCCUCCCAGACUUUCUGACAGACAGUGCGGUUUGUACUCAGAAAGGUGAAGCUAUGACUGCACCUCACAGUCCUGAAGGUGAAGUAGAAAGGCUGAGACAUGAACUGGAAAUCGUCCGUAGACAUUUGACUGAGAAAAAUAGGCUCUGUGAAAGCUUAAGUAGGGAGUUAGAGAUAGCUAGGAAUAAGGAACAUGAAUACACACAAAACCUGUCAAAGGCACUGGAACAAGUGGAGAAUAGUCUAGAAAAAAGUAACAGGCGAGCGGCAUCUGCUGAAGGUACUGUGACGAAACUAAAGCAAGAAAUUAAAACUUUAACGGUACAAGUGAGUAAUUUGAAAUUGGAGAAUCAGAGUUUAAGAGGCGAAGAGGCUGCAGGAGGUCAAGGGUACUACAACUCGGCGAAUGAGUUUCAUUCGCAGAGGUUAGCUCAAGAUUUGAGGGCGGCUGCAAGCUCAGCCGAACACUCUUUGAGGCAAUUGCUAACUGGGGUAGACAACCUCCGAAUGAUGGCAGCUACUUUGGAAAACAUGCAUCGAAUAGAAGAAAGGGACGAGCAUUUCUCUAAAUUUGACGAUAAUGCUGGACCAUCGCUUUAAACUUUUAUACACAACAGUCUGCACCAUGUAUCUUUAGCUAGAUUUUUUAACUUAGCUAGGUUGUUAUACAUAUAAUCUUAUUUAUUGUUAUAACAAAAAUUUUUAUACACGUGUAAGUAUAAUCUGUAAAGUAUUUUUGGUAAUAUUCAAGUACCAAAUCUGUAUAUACUGUUUUCAGUUGCUCCAGAUAUACAAAAAUGUGAUGUUUUAGAUAUUACUUUGGCUGUAAGAAAUAAAUAUUUGAUGUAACA